CAAAUUCGACAUUUCGACAUUUCGACGCUGCAUUUAUUGCUCUCUUUUUCAGACCUCAAUUCAUACACACAUCCCAUUCAACGAACCGACAAUGAGACUCGCGCGCGUCACGACCGGCAUUGUUGGAGUCCCAGUCAACCCCGAGGCGCGCCCGCAGCUCAUCGCCCUGUACAAGCGGACUCUGGAGGAGGUGAAGACGAAGAUUCCCGAGAAGGCCGUGUACCGCCAGUCCGUCGAGGCCCUGACCGCGCACCGCCUGAAGAUCGUAGAGCAGAACGAGGACGCUGAGAAGAUCGAGGCGCUGAUUGACGGCGGUCAGCUGGAGGAGCUGAUCAAGGUCGCAAAUGACGAGCUGAGCCUGAUUGGCAAGAUGGCCGAGUGGAAGGCCUGGGAGCCGCUCGAGGAGCUUGCGCCCCCGCGCCAGUGGGAGUACUUCAAGAAAGCGCCGCUCCGGGAGUAGACGUGUUUUACGAUAUACAAGACAUUUUUAAAGACUAU